AUGGGAGUCAGCUGCUCCUCCAGAUGCCUCGCGCUCUUCCUCGCGCUGCACAUCGUCUCCGUGCUCUCGGUGCUGGUGGGGGCCGCUCAGUGUGACUCGGUGUUCAGAGGUUUCUCAGACUGCCUCCUGCAGAUGGGGGAGAGCAUGGCGGGGUACCCCCAAGACCUGGAGGACCGGGAGAACCUGCAGCGCAUCUGCAGCUACUGGGACAACUUCCACUCGUGCGCCACCACGGCGCUGGCCGACUGCCAGGAGGGCGCGGCCGACCUGUGGGAGAAGCUGAAGGCCGAGUCGCGCAGCCUAGAGCUGCGCGGCAGUCUGUUCCAGCUGUGCGGCGGCGGCAACGCGGCGCCGCGGGGGGCCGGCGGGGGGGGCGGGGGGGGGCUGGCCCUGCUGCUCAGCGCGCUGCCCACCCUCCUGACUUGGCUGGCCUUCUAA